AAGUAGAAAAUAAAAUAAAAAUGCGUAUGUCUUCAGUGUUUGUGAUAUUUUGAAGCCACCACACCACACACACACACCGCCACCGCAUUCUUCCCCUCUUUUGACUCCAACCACCGUUUACCCCCUCUCACCACCGCCGGAGUCAACCAAUUUCUCACCGGACCACCACUCAACCACCCUACCAAUCACACCACACCUCAAUCGCUUAAACAAUCUCAAAUCCGAUGAGUUAACAAGAUCUAUAUUCUUCUAUACCUCUCAAUGCAUCAUUUGUCUCAAUUUCUCGUCAUUAAUGGCGGUUCACGCAAGAAGAAGAAACCGUCAGCCAAACCGAAGCUCGAGCGGAUGAAUGCACGGAAGAAUUUCGACUACGAGGCUCCAAUCGCGUCCACUUCGUCGGAAGACUGUUGUGUAUGGUCACCGGCUCUUCGAGGUUCAGGUACUCAAUUAGUUGAUAUUCCUACGAGUUUUCGGAUUGACGGAAGUGAUUUAGGUCAACUUGAUGAAGUUUAUCGUAGCUUAGGGUUAGAAAGUGCCGAAGAUUUAGGUAUUCCUUUGGAUUCAUGGAAUAAUAGUAAGAUCCGGUCUAGUUGUGAUGCGGUUUCUGCCUCUCGUUUAAAUUUACAAAGUGAUUGUGAUUCGACUACGAUUGUAAAUGAACAGCAUGAGGAAGAAUUGAAUGAAAUUGUUGAAAAUCGAUGUGAUGAGGAUAUAGUUAGGGUUUGUUCUGGUGAUGUUGUUAGGGCUAGUGGUGGUAACAGAGCUGGGAAUGGAAUUAAAGGUGUGCGGCCUCCGGUGCUUUCGCCUCCGUUAAUUCCGCAACACUUGUUACAGCAUGAUGCUGGAUGUGAAUGGGAUAGUUUAAGAAAUUUCACUUCUCGUGAAGGUUGUUCUGGUAAUGUGAAUGAGCAACGGUUUAGCUUGUCGGAUGAAGAAGAAGCUGGUGUUGAGGAUGUUGGUUUGAGGCUUGAAAGGGCGAGGAUUUCGGCGUCUUGUUCUUUUUCGACUUCGAAUGAUGAUGAUUCGUCUAGUACUACCACGGAACCUCCGUCAAGUGUGUCGCCGAAUGGGGUUGGGUGUCAUAUAUCUGCACAUGGAAGGUUUAGGCAUAUCACGAUUACUCACUGGCAGAGGGGCGAUCUCCUGGGGCGUGGGUCGUUUGGAUCGGUCUAUGAAGGCAUUUGCGAUGGUGGAUAUUUUAUUGCCGUAAAGGAAGUCUCUUUGCUUGAUCAAGGGGAACAGGGAAGGCAAAGCGUUUCCCAACUUGAACAGGAAAUUGCUCUUUUAAGCCAGUUUGAACAUGACAACAUAGUACGAUACUAUGGGACUGAUAAGGAUGACUCAAAGCUGUAUAUAUUUCUUGAGCUUGUAACAAAAGGUUCUCUUCUAAGUCUCUAUCAAAGAUACCAUCUUCAAGAUUGUCAAGUUUCCUCAUACACACGCCAGAUCCUACACGGUCUGAAGUAUCUGCAUGACCGUCGUGUGGUGCACAGGGAUGUAAAAUGUGCAAACAUAUUGGUUGAUGCUAAUGGCUCAGUAAAACUUGCAGAUUUUGGGCUGGCAAAGGCCACUACGUUCAAUGAUGUGAAGUCUUGCAAGGGAACUGCAUUCUGGAUGGCUCCUGAGGUUGUUAAUAAUAAAAGCAAGGGGUAUGGACUUGCAGCAGACAUAUGGAGCCUCGGUUGUACGGUCUUGGAGAUGUUGACACAUAGGAUUCCAUACUCUCCAAUGGAAUGUAUGGCUGCAUUAUUUAGAAUUGGAAAUGGUAUUCCUCCACCGAUUCCGGAUAACCUUUCAAAAGAAGCAAGGGAUUUCAUAUCUCAGUGCUUUCGUGUUAAUCCAGCAGAUCGCCCGACUGCUAGUCAACUCUUGGACCAUCCAUUUGUUAGACGGCCGCUUCCUUUGUCCACAGCAAGUUCAAUUUCAUGAAGAGUAAUCAAACAAGAUACAAGAAUGAGUUGCAAAUGCAAAGUCCGAUGACGACAAUUUCUUUGUUCGUGUCUCUCUUGGGAGGUAUAUCUUCUGAUGCUGUGAGGAACCUUUAGCGUCCUCCGGCAUUGUUGUUUAGUUUGUACAUUAAUUCUUUCAAUUGGAUCAUAAUUUGGUUAUUAAAUGUAGUUUAAAAUGUAAAAAGAAUGGCAGUAAGAUUAAGUUUAAUCAAGUGAUGAUUAAGAAGCAUUAAUUUGUAAAGUACACCAAUCUCCACCAUUCAACGCCGACCUAUUGAUGAAAACGGACUGGGCAUCUAUGCGAGAUUACCGUUUACGACUCGGACAUCGACUAGAGUGAUGGAAACCCGAACCAGGACACGAUGUAAGUGUUCUAUUUGCUACAUCUUCAUAGUAACCAAUCAAUUGUUUGUGAAAUGGAUGUAUGAGUAUGUAUGUAUGUGUUUAUGAAGAUAAUGAAAUAGUUAAAGAGGUUUAUUGUAUUAAAAAAUGUAGCCAACUUCGCGCUGGUUUUUGUUUCGGGCAA